AUAAUUGCGUUGAAAUGUGCCAAAAUAUAAAACACAUCGUUUGGUAUCUUUUAGAUGUCUGGGAGCUACUUGAAGCCACGUCCAUUACCAGUUUCAAUCCAUCAUCGGAGUUGAUACACUGUGCCGUGUUCAUUUACAGGAAUGGGGUUCCUCCAAAUUUCACCGAUGGCGACUUCACAGAAUUCGAAGAGAUUGUAAACGGACGGACAAGCCCUACAGAAAUAGAGGUUAGCGGGAAGGCCGAUAAAUCUUGUCUUCAGCAGCUGUUGAAUGUUUUCCUAGAGUGCAUAUGCAAUGAUCAUAUUCUCACAGUUUCUCCAGGGGACGUCCAAACGGCAAGCUCUCUGCCAGGAAAUCAAACUCAGAGGGAAAGGGAGCACCAGUAUGAGGCUACGCUGAAGAAAGAAGCAAGAGGUCGCAUCCAAAUACUUAAUCAAACUAUAAGUACACUUAGACACGAGCUUAGUUGUAAAGAGGAUGAGCUAGCCACAUGCGAAGAAAAUAUCAGCGUACAAAAAUGUGAACGAAAGAAAAUUGAAAGUGAUGUUGAUGCAAUUCAGAAAAAUCUGGGGAGAAAAAAUGAGGAGUUGCAGUCUUUCAACGAAAAUAUAAAAAAGGCGCAACAAGAACUAGGAGAAACACGUAGAGGAUUGCAAACCGAGAAAAAUGCAUGGAGGACAAGAAGGGAACAAAAGCAAAUCCAUGAGAAAAAAGAGCAAGAAUUAAAGGACCGAGAGGGUGAUCUAAGGAAGACAGCAAAACAAUUAAAUGACAGGGAAAAAGCAGUAAGGGAGGCAGAAUAUCAAAUGCAGCAGAAAAGUGAGCAACAGUCACUAGAAAUCAGUGGCUGGGAUGAUACAAUAAAGGAGAGAAUCGAUCACCUAAAUCAAAUACAGGGGGAAAUAGAGGAAAUGUCACGAAAUUUAGAGGGCUGGAAGAGUAACGAAAGCAAGGCAUCAAAAGAAUUGUUUGACCUGGAAAAAGCAAUAAGGGAGGCAAACAAGGAACUAAAACAAAUACAGGAGAAACAAGAGGAAGAGUCACGUAAUUCAGAGGGCUCGAAGAGUGAAGAAUUGUUUGACCUGGAAAAAGCAAUAAGGGAGGCAAAGAAGGAACUAAAACAAAUACAGGAGAAACAUGAGGAAAGGUCAUGUAAUUUAGAGGGCUGGAAGAGUGACGUAAGCAAGGAAGCGGCAAAUGAAUUAUUUGACCUACAAAAUGCAAUAACGGAGGCAAACAAGGAACUGAAACAAAUACAGGAGAAACAAGAGGAAGAGUCACGUAAUUUAGAGGGCUGGAAGAGUGACGUAAGCAAGGCAGCGGCAAAUGAAUUAUUUGACCUGCAAAAUGCAAUAAGGGAGGCAAAGAAGGAACUAAAACAAAUACAGGAGAAACAUGAGGAAAGGUCAUGUAAUUUAGAGGGCUGGAAGAGUGACGUAAGCAAGGCAGCGGCAAAUGAAUUAUUUUACUUACAAAAUGCAAUAACGGAGGCAAACAAGGAACUGAAACAAAUACAGGAGAAACAAGAGGAAGAGUCACGUAAAUUAGAGGGCUCGAAGAGUGACGUAAGCAAGGCAGCAACUGAAUUAGUUGACCUGCAAAAUUCAAUAAGGGAGGGAAACGAGAACCUAGAUGAAAUACAUGAGACAAAAAAGGAAGUGUCACGUAAAUUAGAGGGCUGGACAAAUGAUGUAAGCAAGGUAUCAAGUGAAUUAUCAGACAUGAAAAAAGUAAUAAGGGAGGCAAAGAAGGAACUAAAACAAAUACAGGAGAAACAUGAGGAAAGGUCAUGUAAUUUAGAGGGCUGGAAGAGUGACGUAAGCAAGGCAGCGGCAAAUGAAUUAUUUGACCUACAAAAUGCAAUAACGGAGGCAAACAAGGAACUGAAACAAAUACAGGAGAAACAAGAGGAAGAGUCACGUAAAUUAGAGGGCUCGAAGAGUGACGUAAGCAAGGCAGCAACUGAAUUAGUUGACCUGCAAAAUUCAAUAAGGGAGGGAAACGAGGACCUAAAACAAAUACAGGAGAAAAAGGGGCAAGCGGCAGAAGAAUUACAUGACUGGGAAAAUGAAACAAGGAAGGCAAAAAAGGAACGAAAUAAAGAACAUUCUCAAUACGAUAAAGAUAGGGCUGAACGUGAGGACACGUCCUCAGAUGAAAUGCACUGGACGUAGAUGGGGACUUUUAGGCAGCUAAAUAAAGAAUGUUGACAGAUGUCGAAGAACACUCUUAAUCACUUUUUCGCUACUAUUUUUGUCAAGUUAGCUGAAAAGAUAAAGGUGGGAUGAGGACUUGUGGCUUUUAAUUGAAGAAAAAGGAAGGUGCAACGAAAACCAAAUGAAACAAGUAACGGAUUUCAAAACAAAGAAAAUGCAGUAAGGGAGGCAAGUAAGGAACUAAAUCUAAUUCGGGAGAAAAGAGGGCAAGUGUCAACAGAAUUACUUGACUGGGAAAAUGUACCAAGGAAGCCAACAAAAAAGGACGAAAUAAAAACUGUUUUCAAUACGGUAAGGAAAGGGUUGUAAGUGAGGGCGCGUCCUUAGAAACAUUGGGUUGCCCUGUAGAAGUGGUCUUUGGGGCGGCUAUUAAGGAAAGUACGUUGCGAGAUGUCGGAGAACAAUCUUAAUCAUUUUUCGCUAUUACUCUUUCAAGCUGCAACAAAUAUUUCAUUUAUAUUUUUAGUUUACAUGUAUUAUUUCCUUUGUGGUUAAAUAUGGCAAAGCACAGCUCAAAUUUAAUCUAAUGACAUGGUCUAACUAAAACUACGAUAUCAUUAUUAUACAAUGUGUUUCAGGAAAAUACACUUUUAAACAUUGUUGCCAAUAAAGUUGGAAAAGUUUUUGUGACCUUUUUUCGUAAAAUUAUUUUUUCACUUCGACUUAUUCUUAAUGAUGAAGUUUAUGUCUCUUAAAGCUUUGUUGAUCAAUCUGCUCCAAACCUUUAUAAACUCUAUAUUCGAGUUUAAACAAAAUUGGAUUUGGAGGCUUAAAACAUUACCUUAACAAAAAUUCAAUCUUGGUCAUUUUAAAGGAAACACAUAUUUAAGGGGAUUCAGAUCAAUCCGUGUAAAUUGCCAUAGCUGUGCAUACGUGAUUCUUGAUAGUAUGGGCAUGUUGUACAUUGAGCACUGUUCUCGAUUUUUUUUUAUUUUCGUAUUUAUUAAUUUACCUAUUCAUCUAUUAAUUUAAUAGUUUUCUUGUCAUUAUCACAACAUUUUCAUAAACAUACACGCUUCAUUCAACGUUGUUUGACGCUAGCAACUGCGCGCCCACUAAAUUAGGUUUAGUUCGUAAAUAUCUUAACCGUACUUGCCACUGAGAAAAUUACUCAUGCUUUAAUCUAAUCUCGCUUGGAAUUUGGUAAUGGCCUUUUGUUUGGUUCGCCUCACAACCUACUCCAGAAAUUACAAAAAAAUACAGAAUGCUGCUGCUCGUGUCGUGAACCUCUCCAACAAGUACAGUCACAUCACACCAGUUUUCAAAUCACUCCAUUUGUUGCCCGUAGAAGAACGUGUUGUUUUCAAAAUUAAUUUGUUAUUAUUUCACUGUAUACAUUGCUCUAAUCCGCAGUACAACAUCGGCUUGAUUAAGCCUUACAUUCCCUCUAGACAGCUACGUUCUCAAAACUCUGGCUUCCUUGUUAUUGCCAGG